AUGCCUCGACAUCAUGAUGCCGACGCUGAUGCGGCUCAAUUGGCUGCUCAUGGCCACAAACAAGAAUUGGAACGCAAUUUCUCUUUGCUUUCUAUGUUGGGUCUAGCAUUUGCGAUUCUUAAUUCUUGGACUGCUCUAGCUGCGAGUUUAAGUGUAGCAUUACCAAGUGGUGGACCAACUUCAGUACUCUGGGGAUUGAUUACCGCCGGAGUAUGUAACUUAUGCCUUGCCGUCUCUCUUUCCGAAUUCCUAUCCGCCUACCCAACCGCAGGUGGUCAAUAUCAUUGGGUUGCAGUCAUAAGCUGGAAGAAAUAUGUUCCCAUUCUCAGUUGGAUCACUGGGUGGAUCAAUGUUUCCGGCUGGAUUGCACUCGUUGCUUCGGGUGGUCUUUUAGGCUCUCAGUUAAUAGGAGGAGUUAUUUCACUCAUGCACCCAAAUUAUGAACCACAACGUUGGCAUCAGUUCCUUCUCUACGUCGCAUACAAUAUCAUUGCCUUUGUUGUCAAUGCAUUCAUGACAUCGCUCUUACCUCUCAUCACGAAAUCGGCAUUCAUCUGGUCUAUUGUCGGAUUUGUCGUGAUUUGUAUUACCGUUUUGGCGACAGCUUCCCCAGAUUACAACGACGCAUCUUUCGUCUUCACCGACUUUAUCAAUAGUACAGGAUGGCCCGACGGAGUUGCGUGGCUUCUUGGUUUGCUCCAAGCUGGUCUUGGAUUGACUGGUUUCGAUGCUGUCGCUCACAUGAUUGAAGAGAUUCCAAACCCAGGAGUUCAGGGUCCUAAAAUUAUGAUUGGAUGUGUUUUGAUUGGUGUCUUUACAGGAUUCAUAUUCCUUAUGGUCCUACUCUUUGUAGGUGGUGAUGUCAACGAUGUUAUUGAAAGCGCUGCGGGUCCAUUACUUCAAACUUUCUACCAUGCAACUGGUAGCAAGGCCGGAGCUAUCUGUCUCCUCAUCUUCCCACUCGUCUGCCUUCUAUUCGCGACCAUCUCCAUCGCUACAACCUCCACGCGUAUGACAUAUGCUUUUGCUCGCGAUAACGGUCUUCCUUUCUCGAGAGUCUUUUCUAGAGUCCAUCCAAAGUUAGCUCUUCCACUAAAUGCAUUGUACCUUACAAUGGCAUGUGUAUUCCUCUUUGGACUCAUUUUCUUGGGUAGUUCAUCGGCUUUCAAUGCAAUUGUUAGUGCCAGUGUUGUGGCUUUGGGUGUCAGUUAUGCGAUUCCUGUCGCAGUCAAUUGUUUGAGAGGGAGAAAGUGUUUACCGGAGACGAGAGCAUUCAAAUUGUCGGAACCUGUGGGUUGGGCUUGCAACCUGGUUGGCAUUGCAUAUGUGAUGGUUACUACAGUUCUGUUCCUCUUUCCACCGGAAUUGCCAGUUACAGGAAGCAAUAUGAAUUACUGCGUAGUAGCUUUCUUCCUUGUCUUCGUCAUCGCAGUAGUGCAAUGGUACGUCGACGGCAAGCAAAACUUCACAGGUCCAAGGAUCGAUAUGGAUGCUAUGCAACAUGGAGAAGUUGUGGGGAUAGUGGUUGGUGAUGAAACUAGUGGGACUCCUAGUGCGGAUUUUGGGGAUGUAAAGGAAGUCAAAUGAACUCGGCACUUUACGAUAAAAAACACCUGUAUAUGCAUUAUAGAUACAUCAAGUUAUAGAUGUACAAUAUUCAGAUUAAAAAAUGAUAUUAUGAAUAAAAAUUCAAAAACGCGAGCAUGAAAGACGACAAUGCUGGCUGAUCUUGUGCCGUCACUCCGGAUGAUGUGGAAUUUUUUAUCAAUUUCAUCAUUCAUCAAAAGUCGAAACUCAAAGCCAAGCCGAAGAUAAACGGCAGUGCCCGAGAAUGGGGGUUUCCGAGCCUGGGAGUUCCAGCGCUUCAGGGCUUGGUAGGUGUAAAGAUUGGGUAUGUGGGGCCGGAUAGAUGGAGUUUGUGGGGUAAUAUUCGGGAAGAGAGAACCUUAUGUCUUGGAGGCUUGGGGGCAAGACUACCGAGUCAUGAGCCCACCAGGCCGUGGGAGGCGUGGAGCGGGAGGUGAUAGGGGUGUUGGGUGAGUGUGAGGGGAAGCCCAGUCUUGCUUUGGGUAUGUUGUGGAAGUUUUGAGAUUUUCUGGGGAGAGUAUGGAGGAAGAGACGGUUUCGUACAUGGGAUGGAGAUUGGGAAGUGGGAAGUGACACACGAUGUCUUGAUAUAAGAGUCGUGGGGGAGUUUUGGAUGAGUUGGAGGGACGCGAUUGAGGAUUGGAUAGUGCAGGAGUCGCGAGUGGUUCUCUUUAGGAAAGCAAGUGGACGAAGAAUGAUCUUGUUACGUCACUUGCCCUUGCCUGUACGUUGAGGUUGACGUGACCAUUAGCCAGGUAAUCGAUGGUAUUUUGAUCUGGUCACUGAUAAAAAGUGACAGCAUGUUCUAAGGGGCGGUACCUUAACAUCUCCACAUUCUCGUUUAUACCAUUUACGCCAUGUCAAGUAUGAC